UAGAGCUUUUUUAUACACAAGGAAAACCACAGAGACUGCCCAGCUGUAACCAUCACAGCAGGUAGAACUGCUAAGUGCAGGCUGGCUACCUUAGGAACUAUGAGCAAACUGGCAAUGCUGAAGCUACAAUCAAGAGCCUCAUUUUCUAAAGGAACUGUGUGUGUGAGUCUAACCCUAUGUCCACGUCCCUCGCGCAGUUCCUACUUGUGCUUUGUUUAUUCACCACAGAGCUGUACAUCUGCCAAUGUAAAGAGUUCCCUGACAGAACUUUCUCAUGCAGUUCAGACUUAGCGAAUCCUGGAACAGCGCAUCCUAUUUAUUCGGCAUUAUAUAACACACAACCUUUCUCAUUCAAUACAGCUUCCAAUGAAUUCCUCCUUCUCACACCCCUCCCCCACAUCUAAAUGCUGCAUCCAGAACUAAGAAAAACACGUUUACAAUCCGCGCGCAGUUUCAGCAGAACUGCAGAUCGCUGGUAUGUGUGUGCAGUUAAAAACACCAAAUGAGAAGUCCAGCAAGCGGAGCCAAAGCAUGGACAAAUGCUCUCUGCUUGAGGUGCCUGAUUGUGGCAUGCCCUGUACCUCUAUUGGCAUUUCUUUAUUUAUUACAAAACCUACAAAAGUAGUUUAGUAGCAGUGUCAUAGAUAUAGUAAUGAGAGGAAUUUGGUGAAGAAGAAUUACUGCUAAAUAAUUCUGUUGAUACUGUAUCUUUAAGAGAGAAAAUGAAAGUGAAAGAAUAUCUUAAGCUUCUUCUCCACCCAUGCUGGUGAGGCAGAAGUUUGAGGGUUUUUAAUCGAUGGCUACCUAUGUGACAAAGCAUAUUGGACUCCCCUGUCAUUUCUGGAAAGGCUGCAAUGUGAACCGAGUGCAACAUUACUGCUGACUUUUGUGUGAGCCCGUUGGGGUGGGGCACUAAGGACGGAGCAUUUUUUGUGUAGCAGUUCAAUGGCUUGUGUUUUACCUAGCACAUGCACCACCCUUCAUGCAGCUGCGCUGAUGGCAGUUCUUCUGAUAUUACAGAUUCAGGGACAUGGAACACGCAGCCACGGCUUGGAAAGCUCACUGAGCAGGAUUGUGGGAGGUGGACAAAUACUCGUGGCCAGGAGAAAUUGUUUCCUGUCAAAAGAGAGGGACAACUUCCCACACACAUAGUACACUGCUGUAAGUCUUACAGAAAAACAAAUAGCGUGUGCAGUACUCCAAAGAAAGUGGAGCAUGCCAAUGAUAUUGAAGGGGAAUAUAAAUUGGAUUCUGUGGUGAGAUACAAAUGUCAGACUGACUACAAAAGGGAAGCAGGCACAUCCAACCUUGCUGUAUGCAUGCUGAUAGAUGGUAAAGCCCAAUGGAGUUAUGGAAACAUAUCCUGCAUUAUAGAUCCUAAACUUCUGUCAACAACCUCCUCCAGUAUUACAGAAUUAAAACCAACUGCAUUUUCCCCUUCAGAUUCUAGUACUUCAACAUCAGCAAAUCAUUUUGGGACUUCUGCAGAGUUUGAUUUUACAGUUCCAUUAUCCACUGAGCAGACGCAUGUGAUAUCUAAACCAAAGGAAGAAACAACACUUGGAAGCGCCAGCACAUCAGGAACUCUUAGACUCAGUGACCCUACUACAGAACCAUGUGCUCCAACAUCACCUAUGUCUGCUGAAAAUGGUGUGAAUACAAGAGCACAAGAUAUCUCUCCACAAAGUGAGGACUCACCUCCUGGAACUAUUAUUGCACAUGGAUCUCUGGAACACAGCACUCCCAAUGGGCAGAUAACUGGCAGUUCAGAGCCAGAAGCCUUAACAUUUCAAAAGAGUACUGGAACAUCUGCACAAAUUGAUACUACAAAAGGAAUGCUACCUACCACACAGCCAGAACAACUUGUAUCCAAGCCCCCUGAACUUACCACUGGACAGACUGAUCAGUUAGAAAAGAAGCUGUUGCCGGGGUAUAUCUCAAUAGGAAGUGUUGCCUGCAUUUCCAUCAUUGUCAUUUCUUUGAUCCUCUUCUUAAAAUACCGGCAUUGUGCAGCUUACGAGCCUGACCUAAGGCAGACAGCACAAAGUCUUCCAUAUGAUGGCAUUUCUGAUGAAGUUUGUGCCGAACAGCUGGAGUGCCUUAAUAUGGAUUCCAUUUCCUUGCAUCCCACUUUUGCAGAUAAUACAGAAGUGACAUAUCUGUAAGAACGCAUUAAGACUCCAGGUAGAUAAAAUGCGUAGAAGGACUUGUAUAAGAAACCCAUGCCAGUUCCAAUAUUCACAACUUCCUGAUGGGUUCUAAACAGUAUUGCCAUGUGUUCAAGUAAUAGAUGCCACUUAAAUAUAUGUGAAAUGAAAAAAAUGGACUGGAUACAAAUGGAGCAGAGUAUCUGUAAAUAUUACAAUUUGAAGAAGUGCAUCCUUACAGUAGAACUAGUAUGAAUUUGAAGAGGAGACAUCUGAAGAGGAGACAAGCACAAUAUUAUUAUUAUUAUUAUUAUAUGUAAUGCUAAAGUUCAUGUAAUAGGACAGCAUUCUCAGAUGCCACUUCCAAAGGUUCAACCAUGGAACAGGAAGACUAUUCGCUAGAAAUGAACGUUUAUUAAUUGUUAAUAUUAGGUCAGUACUCAGUUAGACUGAGAGUCAGUUGAGUGGCAAUGUACUGCAAGCUCCUUGGUACUCUCCCCAGUCCCUUCCUAAUCUCACAACUAACCAACAGUCCCUUCCUGAUCUCACUAAUAACCUACAGUCCCUUUCUAAUCUCACUACUAACCUACAGUCCCUACCUAAUCUCACUACUAACCUACAGUCCCUUCCUAAUCUCACUACUAACCUACAGUCCCUACCUUAUCUCACUACUAACCUACAGUCCCUUUCUAAUCUCACUACUAACCUACAGUCCCUACCUAAUCUCACUACUAACCUACAGUCCCUACCUAAUCUCACUACAGUCCCUACCUAAUCUCACUACUAACCUACAAUUCCACCCUGAUUUCACUAACCUACAGUGCCUUCCUAAUCUCAUUAUUAACCUACAGUCCCUUCCUGAUCUCACUAUUAACAUACAGUCCUGUCCUGAUAUCACUACUAAUCUAGAGUCCCUUCCUGAUCUCACUACUAACCUAUAAUCCCUUCCUAAUCUCACUACUAACCUACAGUCCCUUCCUCAUUUCACUAACCUACAGUGCCUUCUUAAUCUCACUACUAACCUACAGUCCCUUCCUCAUUUCACUAACCUACAGUGCCUUCUUAAUCUCACUACUAACCUACAGUCCCUUCCUGAUCUCACUAUUAACAUACAGUCCCAUCCUGAUAUCACUACUAACCUACAGUCCCUUCCUAAUGUUACUACUAACCUACAGUCCCUUCCUAAUGUUACUACUAACCUACAGUCCCUUCCUGAUCUCACUAUUAACAUACAGUCCCAUCCUGAUAUCACUACUAACCUACAGUCCCUUCCUAAUGUUACUACUAACCUACAGUCCCUUCCUAAUGUUACUACUAACCUACAGUCCCUUCCUGAUCUCACUAUUAACAUACAGUCCCAUCCUGAUAUCACUACUAACCUACAGUCCCUUCCUAAUGUUACUACUAACCUACAGUCCCUUCCUGAUUUCACUACUAACCUACAGUCCCUUCCUAAUCUCACUACUUACCUAUUAGUGUAGGUUGAAACAGUAGCACCCAUCAUUUUAAUUUAUUAAUAAAUCUGUAUUCUGCUACUAGAUAGCAGAAAAACCCCUCCAACAUAAAACCAGUCCUCUUGUGUUCUUGUUACGCCCAUUAAAAUGAGCUACAUUACCACAAAGCCAAUAGCGUCCACAGACUUCUUAGGGUGAAGACACACUGGGCUUCUAGCAGCAGCUACUUUUUCAUGAGAAUUGCCUCUGCUAAAACACACGUAGAGACAAUUUUUCAGUAAAUGAUUAUCAUUGGCUGCUAUUAGUAGCUCUAUGUGUCUUCACCCUUAAACCAAUGUCACACUAGCAGAUAAGCAGUUAUUACUUGUGAAUGAACAGAAAAAGCUCUUUGUUUUUAAUUUAUUGUACAAUAGGCUGCUUACUAUUUCUAGGAUGUGGCAGCAAUUGAUUUCCUGGUGUGAUAUGGCAAGGAGUCUAUUGCAGCUACUGCAGAUACUGCACUUUAUAGCAAAGAUAUAGACAUGCACCCAAAUGACAUGUUUAUUUUUAGGUGUUUAUUUUUGUUCUCUUAAAUGAACCCUUUUAGUGACAGUAUUUGGCUGUCUAAUCUAGCUAGUGCUUAAAUACUUAAAUAAUACUAUGCUGCAUAAAGUAGAGACCAGUGCAUGUCACAUUUUUGAAACCCAGGCCUGCAACCCACAUUUUGUACCUGCUUAGACCUGCAACCUAAUUUUCUGCCUGCUGACCUCCAUUAAAUCAGCUGUUGCUACAAACAAUGUGACAUCAUCAGAAGUGGACCAUAAAAAAUGGGGAAAAAAUAAGAAGUAAUAACCUCACCAUAUCUGCAUGCCCUACUUGCAACAGAUCACCUGCUUUGUUGUGGGUAACCAACAGGUAUCCCACCCACUGCAGGGCUCAAGUACGGCGCACAUAAACCUAUUAGAUUGUUAAAGGCUUAGUAACACCUGAUAAUGAAAAUGCACUAAAAUGAUUGUGUUCACUUAGGAACAGUUUUACUCAAACACUGAGUGUAAAUAUUUUUUUUUCCAUCUACAGGAUAAAAUAUUUAGAUUUUGUUUUCAGGGCAAAAUGCAGUUCUGCACCCCUCUCUAGGUUUUUUUGUUGCUGAAAUCUGCUUGCCUGUUAUAAGAUGGCAAAACUACAAGAACUUGGCACUAAAAUAGUUUUGCUUGCGUGGAAAUAUCCUUUGUCAUUUCCAAUGCUGUUACUAGUACUUUUACAUGCUUUUAUUAACCCUUCUUACCAGCAAGUAUUGGUAAACCAGUAGCUUAGUAAGGGGACAACACACAGUAACGAGGUGUGUGUGAAAGUCGUACGAAAUGCACUUGUUUUGUAUCAAAACUCUUUAUAACUUUCAAAAAGUUAAUUCCAUUGAACUCAGUGUUAUGUACAGUCUGCACAUCAUGGCGCAUUACCCUGCGGCUGUAUAGAAACUAAUAACCUUUUUGUAGCUAUUACUAUUUAAAACAUGUAUUUAUAAAGCACCUACAUAUUUUGCAGUUCAGUACAAUGGGCGUGUACACUAAACAUACCAAACUACAUACAAACCAAACAAUAAUAAUACAAGAGCGGAAGAGGGCACUGCCUAAAAGAGCUUACAUUCUAAAAAGAGCUGACAAUCUAAAAUACAGUACUUUAAAUUUUAUAUAUAACUGCAAUGUGUGCAAUCCUAUUGUUUGUAGCUUUUCAGCAAAAGGGAAUAUGAAUGAUCCUUUACUCUCUCUUUGUUAAGAACAAAUUACACUAAUGUAAUGCAAACGUCCUGUUAGUGGGGUUCUAAAAAUUAUGUCUCUUAUGUUAUUCAAGUGAUAUUUAUGCAUGCAUUUUAUUUUUGUAACAAUAUAUGUGUUUUAGGCAUUUAGGUGAAAUUAAAUACUGUAUAUAUUUUCACAUAUUUAUCUGGUCAUUAAAAAGGGUCAUACCUUGUAAAACAAAAA